GGCAAGCAAGAAAUCCAUCAAGUUACAGUCACAAGAAAAAACAAACAUUAUAAUGAGACUGUACACACCUAGUCACUGUACAGUUUACCUCACAUCACGCUCACGAUAAAUCUUGUACAAUACCACACAUGACUGUCUAGUAGAUCUAUAAUGUACAGUCUUCAUGGUACUGACAGUGGAAUUGAUGAGACAAUACAAACAUGCAAAAUCACUCCAGAGCCAAGACAGAUUCUUCGGUGCUACAAAACUGUAACCUAGCAACUAGCCUAGGUGAGGUGUUGAAUGAGUAGUGUAGUUUGUCCUCCAGCCAAAAUCAACAAAAAGUCGAGUACAGCCUAAACGAAAGAAGGUUCAAUAUUUAUGUCCGGCAGAACAAGCCAGUGACCGAGAGACAGAGAGAGAGGGCGGCAAAAGACCAAUUAAUGAUUAGUUCUGUGCAGGGUCAAAACUUGCCCCAGCCCCCUCAUGAAAGAGCCUCUGUUCUGUUCUGAAACAAGUGACCCGCCAGUCUCCAUACCAUUCAGCGGAGCUAGAUGAAGAAUAAAGAAUGCGGAGCUAGAUAAAGAACGCACAAAUGCUUGGAAAGAAUAAUAAACAAAGUCGUGCAUAGCAUAACUUUUUCAAAAGAGGAAAUAUUUUUUACAACCUGCUGCCGUAACUAAGCCUAAUACAAGCAACGGAUGAGGGAAAACACCUUCGGUUCCACUGUUACAUUAGCUCGUAUCAGAGAACAUGAUUAUGUGAUCACAUCUUAAACUUUAUUAUUAUUUUACUGUUUUCAUGGCACCUUAACUCCACCCACACUUGACAUGAUGUCGACACCAGAGUUCCAUCACUCAUUGAUCUAACUCCUGGACUACACUACCCACAAACCCCAGCGACAACGACCAUAGCGAAGCACCCCCAGAAUGGGAGAGGGAACACGCUACCUUAUCAAUCACCUGGUGACGUUCUGUCUGCAGGAGGGGGAGGUGGUGAGCGUGGAGGAGGCGCGCUCGCGUUUCUCUCUGCUGGCCCGCUCCAACCGCCUCUGGAGCCAGGAAAUGCUCCUGGAGAUCCAUCCUCAGGCCCUUCUGCUCAGAGACAAGGAGAACCAGGAACUGCUGGAGCAGUACUCCCUGUCCUCUCUACACCGCUGUGAGUGUGUGUCGUCAGAGAAGCAGUACCCCUCUCUACUGCUGCUGGUGUGCCAGGCCUCCCCACACAAACAGCCAGAGGUCCAGUUCUUCAACUGCAACACAGUCAAGGCGGAGCGCGUGCGCGAUGACAUCAUCGGAGCGGCGUCACAGCAUGCCGCCCGGAUCAAGAAGGCCCGCCCCGAGGACAUUAGGACUGAUAUGGAUAUCCCAAGCCCCCCCUACAUCCUCGCUCCCAACCCCCCACCCCCUAACCCCCCUCCGUACCCUGGCAUCAGAACUAAUGGCCUGGUGAACGGACAGCCAGACAAAUCGUUCUUACGAGCUCAGAGGGAAGUGGAAAUUCUGAACCACUGCUUUGACGACAUGGAGGCCUUCAUGGGUAAACUACAGCAGUCUGCUGAAGCCCAGAGCAUCCUGGACCAGAGGAGCAAGAAGAAGAAGAAGAGCCGCAAGAAGAGUACAGAGGAUGAUCUGCUGACUGCUAAGGCCAAACCCCCACCUGAGGAGGAGUUUAUAGACAUCUUCCAGAAAUUCAAGUACUGCUUCAGUCUGCUGGGCCGGCUAAAGGCAGCCAUAGCCAACCCUACCUCAGAGGAGCUAAUACACCACAUCUUCAAACCUCUAGACAUGAUAGUGAGGACCACAGGUGGCCCAGAACUAGCUGCCAGCGUGGCGAGUCCAGCGAUGACCACAGGGGCCGUCAUUCUGCUGGAGUACAAUGUCACCGAGGAGGAGAGACAGCUGUGGACCGCACUGGGACCCAACUGGACACAGCCACGUUCUCAGUUGCGGGGUCCCAUCCCUUCAUACUCUCCUGUGUUCCUGGGCGGCUGGAAGGCGGAGGGCUCAGAUGACCCCGUGGAGACGCAGCACAGGCAGGACGCAGAGCAGGAGCAGCAGCAGCAACAAGCUGUGCCUACUGUGGUAACUCCAGCUCCACCCGGUGAUGAAACGGACAGUGCUUUUCCAUCAGCAGAAAGGCAAUAUCGCGUCAGCUACGACUUUAGGGCCAGAAACAGCAGUGAGCUUUCUGUCCAACAAGGGGACAUCCUGGAGGUGGUCGAGGCGUCAAAGCGUUGGUGGAAGUGUCGUAACCGAUUUGAUGAGAUUGGUUUUGUGCCCUUCAACAUCCUGGAGCCAAUCUCCCACAUUGAGAGUCCCAUCAACAAAGCGCCUAAGGCUCCUGCGCCUCCUCCCAUGCUGAAGAACUUCUCCUACGCUCCUCCUACCCCUCCCCUCCUCCACUCCGACUCCAACACGCCCAGGCCUCGCAGCAUAGCGCUCUCUCAUCACAUUCCCUCUGACACAGACUCAGACAAGGUCAUGCUGGUAAACGAUGAGCUGCUUCAGAGGUUGACCAAUGGGAAGUCGGCUCUGUCCCGCCCCCUGGUCAUCCCUCGCUCAGCAGAGACGUCACGCCCCCUCGACUACCAUUCGCCACACACAGAGGUGGAGGCGUGGCUCCGGGGGAAAGGCUUCAGUGACCCGACGGUGCAGUGUUUAGGUGUGUUGACAGGGGCACAGCUCUUCUCACUAAACAAGGAGGAGCUCCGGGCGGUCCUUCCUGAUGAGGGCGCACGAGUCUACAGCCAGAUCACAGUGCAGAAGGCUCUGUUGGAGGAUGAAAGACGGACUACAGAGCUGGAGGCUGUGAUGGAGAAACAGAAGAUGAAGGUGGACCUUGAACUUGAGAGUGGAACCCUAACCUUAUAACUACAUACACUUUCUUACACACACACACACACACACACACACACACACACACACACACACACACACACUGACACACACCAACUGCAAUGCUCAUUUUAUAAAUGGUGAUAUCUACUGAGAUAUCCAUUUUCACACAAAAAUCAUUUUCAGAAAUCCACUGUAUAAAAGUAAACAGUAAUUAUUUAAUAUAAACAGGGAAUGAAAGAGUGAAUGAAAGCGAGAAUGAUCAUGUAUUUGGGCCGUCCGGUAUUGAAACAUUGUAUAUUCUGUUACCUAUUUGCUUUCCUUUCUAAUCAAACAAAAAAAUGAUUCUUUCCUCCUUCUUGGCAAAAACAAAUUAAUUAAUAUCUAAUAAAACCAAAUGUGCAUUAAACUGUUUUUUUUUUUAUGUUUCAUAUGUUGACACUAAGCUGUUGCUAGCACAGUUCACUUUGAUAAAGAUAUCUGGAAGUCUUCACUCCUACAAAUGUAAAAUUAUGAAAAUAUAGCAUGUAGACAUACCUUGGCCCAUUUAGCAUUUUCAUCUGUGUCUGUCUCCUUGGAACAUUGCAUGUUGGCAGUUCCCCCAGGCCAGGGACAUGAG